AUGGAAAUUGUUUCUGCAAUUGCUGGCAAGAUCGCAGAGUAUUUGUCUGUAGCUGCUGGCGGUCAACUUGGUUACCUGUUCCAUUACAAUGACAACAUUAAAGACUUGAAAGAGCGAGUAAAGGAGCUUAGUGGCUGCAAAGAGAGGGUGCAAAUGAAAAUUGCUACUGCUAAAAGAAAUGGAGAAAGUGUCUUCAUUGAUGUUCAAGACUGGAUAGAAAAAGUUGACAAGAUUUCUGCAGAAGCUGAAAAGUUUUUUGAAGAUGAAGCCAAAACAAACAAGAGGUGUCUCAAAGGGUGGUGCAUCAAUCUCGGACAACGUUACCGAUUCAGUAAGAAGGCAAAAGAGCAGGCCUUAGCAAUUUCAUAUCUUGUGUUGCAAGAAGUGGAAAGGUUUGAGCACGUGUCUUCUCUUCCUUCUCCAUCUGCAGUGGUAUCAUCAUCUUCGGUAAUUCCUUCUGGCACUUUUGAAUCUCGAAACUCACUGAAGAAGCAAAUUCUGAAAACUUUAAUUGAUGAUGAUAAUAUCAGCAUAAUUGGAAUAUGUGGGAUGGGGGGUGUGGGUAAAACCACGCUGGUGAAAGAAAUCAGCCGACAAGUAAGAGAGGAAAAAAUAUAUGAAGAAGUAGUGGUGGCAGUUGUCUCUCAAAACCCGAGUAUUAUGAAGAUUCAAGGUAACAUUGCUGAUACGUUAGGUGUAGCAAUGCCCUUAUGGGCUAAUUCUGAAUCAGUAAGAGCCAGUUUCCUAAGAGACAGAAUCAAGGAAAAGAAGCAGAUCCUUGUAAUCUUAGAUGACGUUUGGAAAAGAAUUGAAUUUGAUGAGAUUGGUAUUCCAUGGAGUGAUCAUAGAGGUUGUAAAAUUUUGAUCACCUCUCGAAGCAUAGCUGUUUGCAAUCAAAUGAGGUGUCAAAAGAAUUAUACAGUUGAGACGUUAUCCGAACAAGAAUCUUGGGAUCUUUUUAGCAAAAUUGUCGGCUUGACUAUUGAAAACUACGAUAUAAACCAGAUUGCAGGAGAAGUGAUUGCUAAAUGUGGUGGCUUACCAAUUGCAAUUGUCACAAUAGCAGGAGCUUUGAAGGGCAAGGACAAACGUGUGUGGAGUAAUGCAGCUCGACAACUUAAAACAUCUAUUCUUACAAGUAUCCCAGGAAUGGAGAGCAAUGUUAUAUCAUCUCUGGAACUAAGCUUCAACUGCUUAGAAAAUGAUGAGAUAAAAUCACUUUUCUUGUUUUGUAGCUUAUUUCCAGAAGAUUACAAAAUUCCAGUUGAAUCUUUGGUUCGAUAUUGGAUAGGUUUGAAGUGGUUUGGAGAUGCCGAUGAAACAAUCGAAGGUGUCAGAAAUAGAGUACAUGCUAUUGUAAGUGAUGUCACCUAUUCUUUUCUCCUAAUUGAUGAUGGUAAAAAUUGUGUUAAAAUGCACAAUAUUGUCCGUGAUUUUGCAUUAACUGUAGCCUCUAAAUAUGGCCAUAAGUUCAUCGUGAAAGCUGGCACUCAUCUACAAGAGUGGCCAGAUGGAGAUACAUUUGAUGAAUUCACAUGUAUCUCGUUGAUGGCAAAUUUUAUUAGGGAACUACCUAGUGGGUUGAAAUGCCCAAAUUUGCAAGUUUUGUUGCUUCAAGGAAAUAAAAAUUUGGUUAUCCCUGACUAUUUCUUCCAAGAAAUGAAAGAUCUCAAAGUUUUGGACUUGGGAAAAAGCUUCAUCACGUCCUUGCCUGAUUCACUUUCAUUUCUCAUAAAUCUUAGGACAUUAGAUAUUACUAAUUGCGAUUUGGGCAACCUCUCAGUAAUUGGGAAGCUAACAAAACUGGAGAUCCUGAACCUUUCCAAUUCUUAUAUUAAAGAGAUCCCCAUUUCCUUUAGCCAAUUAAGUAAUCUCAGGUUGCUAGAUGUGAAUAAUUGUUGGCUAUUAGAACUAAUAACUCCUGGUGUUAUACAGUCUCUUAAAAAGUUGGAAGAGUUGUACAUUAAUGUAUUUCAGAAUUGGAAAUCUGAAAGUGAAAAUCUGAGAAGCAAUGCCAGUCUUGUUGAGUUACAAGCCUUAUCUCGAUUGACUAAUUUGCAUAUUUAUAUUCCAAAUCUUGAUCUCUUGCCAAAGUUUUUGUCAUUUCAAAACCUGUUCAACUUUAUCUUACAAAUAGGUGGUGAUCUAGAUGUUCAGGGUUAUUUUGAUAUGAGUAGAUACUCAAGAACUCUGAUACUCCAACAAAUCAACAAUCCGGUGAUGCAUGAAUGGGUUAAAGGACUGCUCAAAAGAAUUGAGUUUCUAUCUGUUGAAACAAUUGAUAAUUUAGAGAGUGUUAGUCAUAACCUAGUUGAAGAAGGGUUUAAUGAAUUGAAAAGUCUUGAUAUCAACUCAUGUGAAAAGAUAAAGUGUCUCCUAAAUACAUUGGAAUUGACACCAAACUCAACUUUCCACAAUUUAGAGGAACUGCAUUUGUAUGAAAUUCCCAACUUGGUUGAAAUGUGUAAAGGAGAACCUCCGGCCGAAGCAUUUUCUAAACUAAAAGUUUUAGAAGUGGCCAGAUGUGAUAAGAUGUUAAAUGUUGUACCAAGUCAAUUGUUACGGAAAUUUCAAAAUCUUCAUACUUUCAUAGCACGUAAUUGUGAGUCGAUGGUGUACACAUUUGAUUGUGAAGAGAUUAAGAUUACAAAAGGAGAAUCGAAGUUGCUCUCAUCAUUAGAAUAUCUAGAAUUGUAUUACUUGCCAGAGAUGUCACAUAUAUGGAAUGGUGACCAUCAAUCCAUAAGCCUUCAAAACUUGAAGAAAGUAGAGAUUGGAUUUUGUGGUAAGUUGACAAACUUAUUUUCAGCAACUCUACUCCAAGGCCUUAUUUGUUUGGAAGAUAUAUUUGUGCAGAAUUGUGAUGAAUUAAAGGAAAUCUUUGAGAAGAAAGAAGCUUUAGGUGAGGAAUUAGACCCCGCUAUAACCUCCCCGGGUUUGCAAAACCUGACUUCUAUAGACAUCUGGGAUUGCGAACAAUUAAGAAGCCUCUUCUCCCCUUCCAUUGUGAAAUGCCUGGUGAAGCUCAAAAGACUUGUAGUUAGGAGGUGUUCAUCAAUACAAGAAAUAAUCAAAAAUGAGAAAGGAGAAAAAGAAGCUUCAAUAAAGAGGCUGUUGUUUCCUAGUUUGUCCAACUUAGAACUUAGAUAUUUAGAAAACCUCUCUUGUUUUAGCUCAGGGCCUUAUGCUAUUGAAUUCCCAACAUUGGAGAGGUUAAAGAUAUAUCGAUGUGAAAACAUGAAGACCUUUGGAUAUGGAGAGCAAGUGACACCCAAGCUUAAAGAAGUGAUCCUAGAUGGUGAAAAGCGAUGGAAUGGCAACAUUAAUACCACAUUGCAGGAGUUCUUGAAUGAAAAGGAAUUUGUGGGAAGACAGCGAAAAAUGAGGAAGAAGAAGAAAUGGGAUGGUGUGAUAGAGAUUGAGAUUCUACUUAUGGUCGGAUUGAAGAUGAACUUCACCGCCUUUUCUCUGAUAAUGCUCACAGUUUUCCUCAGCGUGAUAGCUUCUCAGGGUCUCGGACUAGUAAUCGGUGCAGCAUUCAUGGAUGUGAAGAAAGCAACAACAUUGGCAUCUAUUGUCGUUAUGACCUUUAUGCUCUCUGGUGGAUUCUUUAUCCGGAAUGUUCCAUAUUUUAUGAGAUGGGUGCACUACAUUUCUUUCAAUUAUCACUCAUACAGGCUUCUCCUGAAAAUCCAGUUCAGUUGCUCUGACUCAGGUCCUUGUGAUUCUUCCUUAAUCAGAAAACUCAGACAAUAUCAAGGUGGCUCAGAAGUGGGAGCUCUGGUGGCCAUGAUUGUAGGAUAUUGGAAGCAGAGUCUACUGCCAACAAUUAUAGCAGUAGAGAUGACCUGUGUCACACGGAUUCAGCUGAAAUACUCAAAGCGUCUCUCCCGAAGACCUCUCCUCAAGAGAACUGAGAACUGUUCCCACCAGGGAGCAAAAUCUGAAAUGAUGAUUCGUGAAUCUUUGGUUUUGAUGAUGGAGAAUGCAGGGAGUUGCUUGUGUUCAUGCAUCCUUAUUUUGUGGUAUAAAAUUUGGGAGAGGAAUGUUGGUGGUGAUGAACCAUUGAUUGACAAACUAUCAUUUGAUUCUCAACGUUUGGAUUUGUGUGGUGGUGAGGCUUCAGAAGGGGUAUUUGUUGGUGCCUUGCUGUCUAUGUCUUCACCUGCAGUGGUAUUGUCGCAGAAAUUACAAACAGUUAUCAUUUUGCAGUGUGUUCUUGAGACAGAGAAGUCUGGAGGACGUCAUACCAGUGCUGUCUCUGUUCCUAUCCUUCCUCAGGCUGAUGAGAUGCUGAACGAAUUGAAGUUGAUUGAAUGA